GCGAAGCUUGUCUUCAAGCAGAGCUGAAGUCUACAAACAGGAUCCUGGCAUAGGUUCCUGGGCAGUCCAGAUGCUCCAGAACGAAAUGAAGGGCCUGGUUCACUGCAUCGUCCACAGAUCUGUUGGCUCUGUAGGCAAACUGCAAUGAGUCCAGGUGAGAAGCAGUGAUAGAUUUCAGGUGAGAGAGAACCAGGCGCUCAAAGGACUUCAUGACCACAGACGUCAGUGCCACCGGUCUGUAAUCAUUCAGUCCUGUGAUCCUGGCUCUCUUGGGAACAGGAAUGAUAGUGGAGGACUUAAAGCAGGCAGGUACAUGACAGGACACCAAGGAAGAACUGAAGAUGUCCGUGAACACUGGAGCCAGCUCAGCAGCACAAUGCUUCAGGAUGGCAGGGGAAACUCGGACCCGCAUCCUUCCGAAGGUUCAGCCUCCUGAACUGAGUGAGCACGUCUUGCUCCAUGAUGUCAAGAGAAAGAGGAAGAGGAGGGAGAUCUGGAGCAUGCAGGACAGGCAGUGCAUCCUUGACUGUCUGGCUCAGCUGCUGCUGGACAAGGACUAUACGCUGCUGAUCGCCCGACACCUGCGCCCGCUCAUCUUGGACUUGCUGGAGAGAAACUCAGCCAGAGUAAAAAGUGGCGGCAGGAUCAACCAUGACCACCACGAGCGUCUGUGCGUGGCUCUCAGCAAGCUGCUCGGCGUCAGUCCUGAUGCCCACAUGUUUGCUGCUCAGUACUUCACCGACGCCCCACCAGUGUUCCAGCGGCUCUUCUUCACCAGUGAAGAGGCGUCUGCGGUGCACUAUGGUCCUAAAAGGAUGAAGCUCCGGGACCUGAUGAGUGCGACCCUCAGCUUCCUGCAGAGUGAUUGCACAAAGUUCCGUACCCUCUGGGACUGGAGCCCCUGCGUGUCCCAGCUGCUAACUAGUGACGUCAUGGUCCGAGGGUACACUGCACAGUGCUUAGCUCUGGUCUCUCACAUGACCGACAACCAGAAAACCAUCUUCCUGAGGAAGGUGCUGACCAGGGAAGAGAUUGUGCACUUAAAGAUCAAGGCUCUGGAGGAAUUCCAGCAGCUAGAGGUGGAGAAAGCUCUGGUCUUAGCCAACCAGGGCUCUGCUACAUGGCAGAGAGACAAGAUUAACAAGUUCACACGGGGUCAGGUGGUGUCAGAAGACCUCUCUCAGAACGUCGUGGCCGUCUGUGGGGUGGUCCUGCCCCGGGUCGCCCCUCAACUGCAGGUGACCCAGGACCACAUGGUGCUGGUGGACUCUACCUGUGGGAAUCUGAGAAGGCUGGCGAUGGCAGUGGCCUCUCAAAAGCCAGUGCUCCUGGAGGGGCCGAUCGGAUGUGGGAAGACCGCCUUGGUAGAGUUCAUGGCUGCGGUCACAGGACACACAACAGCCGCGCAAAUCCUCAAGGUUCAGCUUGGAGAUCAGACGGAUAGUAAGAUGCUCCUGGGGAUGUACCGCUGCACCGACAUACCAGGGAAGUUUGUGUGGCAGCCCGGAUCGCUGACCCAAGCGGUGUCUAAAGGCCAGUGGAUCCUGUUGGAAGACAUCGACCACGCGCCUCUGGAUGUGAUAUCAGUGCUGCUGCCGCUCAUGGAGAACAAGAAGCUGAUGAUUCCUGGACGGGAGGACAUCCAUAUUGCUCCUGGAUUCCAGUUUUUUGCCACAAGAAGGGUUAACUACAGCGGGGGCAGCUGGUACAGACCUCAGAACUCACACGCUGCUCUGCUGGAUAAAUACUGGAGGAGGCUGCAGAUGGACAACAUGACACGGGUCGAGUUAAAGAAGGUGCUCACAGAGAGGUUCCCCGGCCUGACCGUGGUGGCCGACCGUCUCCUAGAUAUCUACUGCCAGCUGACUGGAGACAGACACUCAGGCUUGGACUCCAACGACAGCCAGCAGUGUGAGGAGACGACCGCCAACCUGGAGGGACGAGCGCUGUCACUCAGGGACCUGCUGAAAUGGUGUGAAAGAAUCAACGACAACUUUGACAACAGCUCUGCGGUGGUGGCGCAGCACGUCUUCCAAGAGGCUCUGGACUGCUUCACUGCCAUGCUGUCUUGUUCGGAAAGUCGACGGCGGAUGGCGGAAAUCAUUGGAAGCAAGCUCAAUAUUUCCAAGGAGAAGGCGCAGCACUUCUGCUCCAUGUACCAGCCGGGCAUCUCGGUGAGCGAGCUGCAGGCCACGGUGGGGAGAGUGACCCUGGUCAGGAAGCAGACGGAGGCUGUGCAGCUCAGUGUGGGGAAUGAUACAUUUGCAGCCACCAGACCUUCUGCUGUCCUGCUGGAGCAGCUGUCCAUGUGUGUGGCUAAGAAGGAGCCGGUCCUCCUGGUUGGAGAGACUGGAACUGGGAAGACCUCAACAGUGCAGCACCUCGCCAGACUCACAGGACACAAGUUACGGGUGGUCAACAUGAACCAGCAGAGUGACACUGCUGACCUGCUGGGAGGGUACAAACCGGUUGACCACAAGCAGAUUUUGCUUCCACUCCGUGAGGCUUUCGAGGACCUGUUCUCCCAGACUUACUCCCGCAAGCAGAACCUGACCUUCCUGGGCCACGUGCAGACCUGCUUCAGGGGCAAGCGGUGGCAGGACCUCCUCAAACUCAUGGAUCACGUUUGCAAGUCUGCACUCACAAAGGAGCUUCAGGAGAAGUCCAAUGCUGACGUGCUGAAGGAGCAGUGGGAGGCAUUGGCUGUAAAGCUCAGCCAGACUCAGCAGCAGAUCCGAACCUGUGAGACAGCGAUGGUCUUUGCCUUUGUGGAGGGAACCUUGGCCCAAGCUGUUAAGAAGGGUCACUGGAUCUUGCUGGAUGAGAUAAACCUUGCCUCUGCUGAGACCUUGGAGUGCCUGAGUGGGCUCUUGGAAGGCAGUGCUGGGUCUCUAGUGCUGCUGGACCGAGGGGACACUGAGCCUCUGGUUCGGCACCCGGACUUCCAGCUCUUCGCCUGCAUGAAUCCAGCCACUGACGUGGGCAAAAGAAACCUGCCUCUGGGCCUUCGGAAUCGCUUCACUGAGCUGUUCGUGGAGGAGCUAGAGAAUGAAGUGGACCUGAGGGUCCUGGUGUCAGACUACCUCAAAUACUUAAAUCCACCAAAGAAAGUCAUCAGUGGCAUCAUCAGUUUCUACCUUGCAGUCCGGAAGGAGGCGGUCUCACACCUGGUGGACGGAACCGGACACAGACCCCACUACAGUCUGCGAACGUUGUGCCGAGCCCUCAAGUAUGUGGCAGCUGACCCGUGCCACAGUCUGCAGCGUUCCCUCUAUGAGGGUUUCUGCCUCAGCUUUCUCACUCAGCUGGACAGGAGCUCUCAUCCUCAGGUGCAGAAACUAGUGGGCCAGCACAUCUUGUCCGGCAACAUCAGAUGCCUCAAGCAGCCCCUGCCUGCUCCCUCUGGUCAACCAUGUGUUGAUGUGGAGGGCUACUGGGUGCCUCAGGGGGAGAUGGAACCCGCUCUGGACCCAAGUUACAUCCUCACUCCUUCCGUCAAGCUCAAUCUCCGAGACCUCGCCAGAGUUGUGUCCGCUGGAACUCACCCGGUGCUGAUCCAAGGAGAGACCUCUGUAGGGAAGACCAGUCUGGUCCGCUGGCUAGCUGCCGCUACAGGAAACCAGUGCGUGCGCAUCAACAACCACGAGCACACGGACAUCCAGGAAUAUAUCGGCUGCUACUCCUCAGAUGAGCGCGGCAAGCUGGUGUUCAAGGAGGGCGUUCUGAUCGACGCCAUGAGGAAAGGCUACUGGAUCAUCCUGGAUGAGCUGAACUUGGCUCCCACAGAUGUUCUGGAGGCACUCAACAGAUUGCUGGAUGACAACAGGGAGCUGUUUGUGGCUGAGACACAGGAAGUUAUCCAGGCUCACCCUCGAUUCAUGCUGUUCGCCACUCAGAACCCUCCUGGUCUCUAUGGCGGAAGAAAGGUCCUCUCCCGAGCUUUUCGGAACCGCUUUGUGGAGCUGCAUUUUGAUGAGCUUCCGAGUGAGGAACUGGAGACCAUCCUCCACCAGAGGUGCAGCCUGCCGCCAUCCUACUGCACCAAGCUAGUCAAGAUCAUGCAGGACCUCCAGUCCCUCCGCCGGGGCUCAUCAGUCUUUGCCGGUAAACACGGCUUCAUCACCCUGAGAGAUCUGUUCCGCUGGGCCGAACGCUACAGGCUGGAGGAGCAGAACGAGCCGUCCCAUGACUGGCUGCAACAUCUGGCUGAUGAUGGAUACAUGCUACUGGCCGGGCGUGUGAGGAAGCCAGAGGAGGAGGCCACGAUUCUCUCCAUCCUUGGGAAGCACUUCAAGAGGAAGGUGACGCCGGAGAACCUCUUCUCCAAGACUCAAGUCACAAGCCAGUUCAGCGCCUUGGUUGAUGGCAUCGCUGGAGUUCCUGAAGAGUUCCGUCACGUGGUGUGGACGUACGGCAUGAGGCGGCUGGCGGUGCUGGUCGGUCGAGCGCUUCGGUUUGGAGAGUCUGUGCUGCUGGUGGGAGACACCGGGUGUGGAAAGACGACCAUCUGUCAACUCUUUGCUGCCCUUGCGGGACAGAAGUAUUUCUCUGUCAACUGUCACCUCCACAUGGAGACAUCAGAUUUCCUGGGAGGGUUACGCCCUGUUAGACACACUACCCAGGCCGAUGGCGAAGAAGGGCGUCUCUUCCAGUGGUAUGAUGGUCCGCUGGUCCUUGCCAUGAAAGAGGGAGGAGUGUUUCUUAUGGAUGAAAUCUCUCUUGCUGAUGACUCUGUGCUUGAGAGACUCAACAGUGUUCUUGAGACGGAGAAGUCGCUGGUGCUGGCAGAGAAGGGCAGUGGUGACAGCGAUGACGUGGAGCUGAUCCAAGCAAGCCCGGGAUUCCGCUUGGUUGCCACCAUGAACCCUGGAGGUGACUUUGGCAAAAAGGAGCUGUCUCCAGCACUGAGGAACCGUUUCACUGAGAUCUGGUGCCCCCAGAGCAACAGUCGCGCUGACCUGGUCCAGAUCAUCCAACACAACCUCAGCCAGAACCUCUCACUGGACGGUGGGGACAUCGCUGAGAUGAUGCUGGACUUCAUCGAGUGGCUCACCAACCAAGACUUCGGCCGCCGCUGCAUCCUGAGCGUCAGAGAUAUCCUGUCUUGGGUGAACUUCCUCAACAUUGUCUGUGAGCACAACAAAGAUGGCCUCACAACCAUGGAAGACCAAAGUUCAGAAGAGAACACCAGACUGGACACUGUCACCGCCUUCAUCCAUGCUGCCUGCCUGGUCUACAUCGAUGGGAUCGGUUCAGGAACCACCUCGUCCAGUGCAGAUAAUGCUCUCCUGGCUCGCAUGCAGUGCUUGACCUUCCUGCAGAAGAGGCUGAGCAACAUCACUGAUCUCAGUCAGGAGAUGCUGGAUGCUCUGAAAGUCUAUGACAGCAGCUUUCCUCGAAACCCUCAAUGGGGGGAAGACUCCUUCGGCAUUGACCCCUUCUACAUCACCCUGGGACCUCAGACAGAAAGCCAGGAUCUCCAGGACUAUGCCAUCACAGCUGGAACCACAGCACUGAACGCCCAGAGGCUACUGCGGGCCCUCAAGCUGAUGAGGCCCGUGCUGCUGGAAGGCUCUCCUGGUGUGGGGAAAACCAGUCUGGUGUCAGCGUUGGCCAAAGCGUCCGGAAACCACCUGGUGCGGAUUAAUCUCUCUGAGCAAACCGAUGUGACCGACUUGUUUGGGACGGAUCUACCAGUGGAGGGAGGAAAGGGAGGAGAGUUCGCCUGGCAGGAUGGUCCACUUCUAGCUGCCCUCAAGGCAGGCCAUUGGGUGGUCCUGGAUGAGCUGAAUCUGGCCUCUCAGUCGGUCCUGGAAGGUCUGAACGCAUGCUUCGACCACCGAGCCGAGAUCUACAUUCCUGAACUCGGCAUGAGCUUCCAAGUACAGCAGGACAAGACCAGGAUUUUUGGCUGCCAAAACCCUUUCACUCAGGGAGGUGGUCGCAAGGGUCUCCCCAAAUCUUUCCUCAACAGAUUCACUCAGGUGUUUGUGGACAAGCUCAGCAGUAAAGACAUGGAGUUCAUUGGAAACUCAGUCUUUCCAAAUAUUGAGAAAGAAAUUGUGGCGAAAAUGGUGGAAUUCAGCCAAACGUUGGUCCAGGAGGUGUGUGUGGAUCGACAGUGGGGCCAAAAGGGAAGCCCCUGGGAGUUCAACCUCCGCGACAUGUUCCGCUGGUGCCAGCUGAUGGAAGCUGACCAGUCGCCUGGCUUCUACAACCCUGGACAGCAUGUGGCCCUGGUGUAUGAAGACAGGAUGAGGACUGAGAUGGACAAGGCCAAGGUCCUGACUGUGUUCAGGAAGGUUUUCGGUGAGGACUUUGAGCCUUACCUGGGUUCCAGGCAAUUCCACAUCACACCGCUGAACCUGCAGGUGGGCUUCUCUGUGCUGCAACGCAGCGGUGGGGCCCCUGUGGUUCUGGACCCUCCCCUGUCGAUCACUCAUCAGUCCCUGCGACCCCUGGAGUCCAUCAUCAAGUGCGUGGAGAUGGGCUGGAUGACUAUAUUAGUGGGGCCGACUGGCAGCGCCAAGACAAGUUUGGUGCGACUGCUGUCUCAGCUGACGGGCCAUCGUCUCCGGGUCAUGCCCAUGAACAGUGCCAUGGACACCACCGAGCUUCUUGGAGGAUUUGAACAGGUGGACAUCAUGCGGCCAUGGCAACAAGUGCUGGAAAGCGUCGACUACAUGAUCGCCAUGGUGAUCAGACGUGGGCUCAUGUCCCUGGAUGUCAGCAUCCACGACACAGAGUUCCUGCUGCAGACCUGGGGCCUUUUCUGCCGCUGGCUGAGAGCAAACGGAGUCGAGGGGUUGGGAAGAAGCCUGGACUGUGAGGCUGUCAAUAAACUGGAAGUCAUCAUCGUCCUCCUGCAGAAGCUCAACACCAAACUCAAAGUGUUCACAGACAUGUCCAAGCUUCAGCUGGACUUCUCGCUGUUAAAGAAGAGUCUUCAACAGUUGGAUGAGGGCGGGACCAACGGGGGCUUUGAGUGGCGGGACGGCAUGUUGGUGCAGGCGCUCCAAGCUGGAGACUGGCUGCUCAUGGACAACGUCAACUUCUGCAGUGCUUCUGUUCUCGACCGGCUCAACGCUUUGCUGGAGCCAGGGGGUUCCCUGGCCAUCAAUGAGCGAGGGGUCAUAGACGGACAGACCCCUAAAAUCUCCCCACAUCCCAACUUUCGGUUGUUCCUGGCCAUGGAUCCGGUGAAUGGAGAGCUCUCAAGAGCAAUGAGGAACAGAGGUGUGGAGGUCUUCAUCCCUGGAGAGAGUGAAGGGGUGUGCUGGGACUCCCUGGAUCUGAAGACCCUGCUUCACGCUGUCGGAGUGACUGGGGAGUGCGUGUUCAAUCUUCUGGUGGAGAUUCAUCAGGGCGUGAAAGCUGCCAUCUGGGACUCUCCCGCCUCAUCUGUGGCCUCGCUGCUCCACACCGCCGCCCUGCUGGCGUGUCAGUUGCACAGAGGAGUUGAUCUGCCCAGUGCAUUGCUGCACGCCUGCAGAGAGGUUUACUCCCUCAGUCAGCGGACCACCAGCGCUCAGAAGGAAGCACAAAGGCUCAUAGAGCAACACUUGGCCAUCCUGGACACAGAGGACUGGGGUAGUGGUCUGCUGUCUGCUGGUGUUUGGCCCGAUGGAAUCCCCUCUGCGUUGCGCUCCUCGGAGGACUCGUGCUUCUCUGCUGUCCUCAGAGAUGGACAGUUGCUGUGCUACUGCCUGAACUCACUUAGUUUGCAGGGAAAACGAAGUUGCCCCCUGAGUCUCAGCGACCUCCGAAGAGCAUUACAAGGCAGCGGCUGCCAUGACGGUUCAGUCUUCUUGAGCUCCGCAGCUGACCUCAGAGGAGACGCCGUCGCUCAGCUGAUCCCUACCGCAGUGAGGCUGGUGACAGAAAGAGCUUCUCACGCUGACUGGUUCCUCCGCUGCAGUUGGCUGGCUCACCUCGGGAAGGCUCACAAGCACUCCUCCGACUCCGCCGUGGUCCAGGUGGAAGCGGGCCACCAAGCUUUGAACGCCAUUUUCGGCAGCAAACUGGCAGCCAAGGGCAAGUCGCUGGCCCAGCUUCUGCAACCGCACCACACCGAUGAGUACCGGAUUCUGAUGGACAUGCGCUGGAACAAGCAGUACCUGGAUGUUCUUGCUAGCAAGUGCAACUUCGAGGACGAGGAGCGAUACAUGGAGUUUUUAGAUGCACUGAACGCUCUUGCGAACAGGAUUGCUCUGAUGAUGGACAGAGAACUGAACUCGGUGGUCUGCUCCUAUACUGUCAACAAGUCUGCUCCCACUUCUGCCUUGAGACUGGCCACAGCCUUCAGCAAAGGGAUGGUGGACGUGGGUCACCUUCCCCACCCGGUCCUCAUCCACCUGUGCACUUUUUUCGACCUAUGGGAUGGCUUCAUGCUGCUGGCAGUGGAGAAUGGAUUGCCUUAUAUCUCUGACCACAUCAUGUUUGAGAUUCUAACACUGCUUCAGUGGCGCGACCGUUUCUGGGACGUGAGCUGCAUCCUGUCCGCUGACUCUGCAGGGGUUUCUGUGUUGUCGCUUCACUGGCAGUGGGUUCAGAAACACCUCAUCUUUCGCCUGCCACAGUUGCUCCUGGGCGACUCUGCUGCCGACUUUGAAGGUUUCCAAGAGCUGCAGGCCGUCUCAUCGGCCAUCCAGACCGUCCUGUCGGCGCCUGUGUGUGUGGCCACGGCGCUGAAGGGCAUUCAGAAAACGCUGGGGAAAGCUCUGCCAUUUAAGGUAAUGUCGGUGGCCGAGUCUUCGUCUCGACUCAGAACCAUGAGCAAAGCUCUGGAUGUGAAGGAACUGAGGCUGGAUCACACUGAGCGCUCCUGGAAACAGGAGCUGGUCCGUCUGCAGAGUGCCGGGCUUGGGCCUGAAAUCAAGGAGAGUCUGCUGGAGGCGCUCGGUCUGGUUCUCCUGGCCAACAACCAGCUGGAUCCACUCAUGACGGGAGUGUUGGACCGGUUGUUGUCCCUGGUGGAGCAGCAGCAGCAUCAAAUGUCAGAGCGGGGGCUCAUGCAGACACCACCCUCAGUUGAUAGUGAUGAGACUGGGGUUCAGCUGACCCGAGAGGAGCUGCAGCAGCUCAGCCGCCGGGCCCAGCUCUGGCCUCUGAUGGAAGGGGUGGCGGUUCUCAACCACCUGCGACUCAACGCCGACCUGCUACAGCUGGCUCCCAGCUGCGUCGAGACUAAAGAGGGUCUGAGACAGGAGCUGUCCCGGCAUCUCCGCUUCUGCCUGCAGUCUACAACCAUGAACGUCAGCCAACUGCAGUCGCUCUGGUUCAUGCUACACAGUGACCAGCCAGCAGAAGCGUUGCAGUUUGCGUGGUGCGAUCUUCUCUCAGAAGCCUUGAAUGCUCUGUGGACCAGCAGUGUGACUUCAGACCCCGACUCCUGGCUCCAAUGGAACCCUCUGAAUCCUGACAUUAAGCCAGCUAUGAAGCCGCAGAGGGGAGCAGAGAACGUGGGCCCUGCCUUGCUGAGCAAAGCGGUGUGGACACGCUGCAUGAUGGGAGUGCUCAGCAACAGUGAGAGUGGUGGUCACUGGGAACCAUCCUGUGAUGCCCUUCUGUCCAUUUCUCAUGUGAACCUGGGGGAGUGGAAGGAGAGAGUCCACCAGCUGCAGGACGUCUCCACUGUGUUGUGGGAGAACUUGGCGUUCCCAGCUCUGGCUGAGUUCAGGGGAACAGACCUGCGACUCCAGGGUGCUGUGUUGCAACGGCAGUUGCAAAGCAUGGCGGAACUGCUUCCAUUGAGCUUGCAGGAAGGCUACAUGGAGAGUUGCCACAGGCUUUUGGAAGCCCCAGACCCACAGAUCGCCUCGCAGGAGAUUCAGAAAGUCCUCAGGGACUUCCUGCCUCCCAACCUGCUGCCGUGCGGUUUAGUGGAGGCGUGUGUCACUUGCAUUCAGCAGUAUGUCCAGAGCAAGGUCCAGGGCAGCAACACACUCACCCGCUCUGGUGUCUUCUGGGUCAACAUGGGCUUGCUGCAGAUGAAAGUAUGGACCCCGCAGACCAUCUUUGACCCGGCCGUGAAGCGGGCCUACAAACUCCGCUACGCCCAGCAAGAGCUGGCCCUGCUAGAAGAUGAGUGGAGGGGACGGAGCCUGUCCUCCCAGCUGAUGACUGGAGCGGAACUGGAGGAGAGCAGCACCACUGAUGGCUUCCAGCAUCCCCGCAUCAGGUAUCUGUGGAUACGUGUGCAGCAGGUGAAGGAGCAGAUCUCAGAGCUGUCCAGGAAGCAGGCCUGCCGCCCCAGCUCGCCUCAGUAUGAACGGCUGUACCAGGAGUUGCAGCACUAUCUCAACACCAUCGGCCAGGCCUCAGCCGUGGAAGGCCUGCUCUCCAACCUUCUCAAGGCCCUGCAGGGUUCCUCCGCCUCCAAAGCCAGGUCCUCCAUCCAGGGACUUCUGAAGGAGGAGUCGGUGUGGCAGAACUCUCAGCUGCGGUUUUGUCAGCGUCUGCUGGAGGAGUUUCCGAUGUAUCCCGAUGUUGUCGGGCCGAUACACUGCGGGAUUCGACAGCUGCGGCACGGCAUGAGGCUGGUGGCCUCCCAGGUGGCUGCGGCUCUCACUUCAGUGCCCGGUCUUUCCAAGCUGCUCUCCUGCCUGCUCUCCUUCCCUUCCAUGACCCCCAGCCUGCAGUCCCAUCUGGUCCAGGCGGACUACUUGUGCUCCCGAGAGUGUAUCGAGGUCUUGCUUCGCCUGACGAAGCUGCUGCCUCAGCCGGACCUCCAGCAGGUGGUUCCUCAGACUUCCACUCUGCUGCUCAAUGCCAUGCUCUACGUGCAGUGCCAUGCCCUCACCACCAGGGAGUUCACGGGCCAAGCGCAGGACCUCUUCAGACACAUUUGCCAGGCUCUGGUGAAUGAGUGGGACGAGCAGGAGAGAAAGCAGAGGGAGAAGGAGCAGCAGGAGGCCAGCCUGUACCGCAGUCGCAGCAGACUCCACGGGUCCGGACUGACUGAGGACGAGCAGGAGGAAAGAGACUUCAGGCGUCAGUUUCCUCACUUCAACAAGGACUUCGGUGACAUCACAUCAGAGCCCUCUCUUGAGGCCCCGGCACCCUCAGGACCGGAGGAUGAGGAAACGCUGGAUCACGCUGGCGAUGGUGCCUCUCUAUCACCCGCGUCUCUCACCGCUGUGGUCAACAUCCAUCAGCGGCUGUGCCAGGGAUACGCUCGGUCACUGUGGUACCAGAGCAAGGCGCCGGCCAAUCGCAGCACGGACUACAUCACAGCUCUGGUCUUGUCGUACCAGAUCGCUGUCCCUGUGAUGUCACGCUUCUAUCACCUGACAGACGCUGAACUGGACCAGAAGUUAGUAGGCACCGGGUUGCUGCUCUCCACCCUCCUUCAGAACACAGUGCUGGGCUCAGGUGCUUCUCAAGAACUCACCGUCGCCUCAGAGGGGCCGUACGACUUCUACCUGCAGCCCAACAUGAGCCAGAGCCGCUUGUGUCUGCCUGUCCUGGAGCAGCUGAGCAGCGCCGUGAAGCAGAGGCUGGACGACUGGCCUGAGCACCCUGCGCUCGUGCAGCUAAUUGUGGUGAUGGAGAGGAUCAUGGCCUUCAGCCUGGCGAGUCCCCUGGCAAGGUUCCUCAACGGACUAGAGAUCCUCCUGAGUAAAGCCCAGGACUGGGAGAACAACGCCAGCCGCACGGUGUCGCUGCAGAAACACCUGGAGCCUGUGACUCAGCUCAUUAUCCAGUGGCGCAAACUGGAGCUGAACUGUUGGUCCUGUAGCUUGGACAACGCUGUGAAACGACACACUGAGAAGUCGACCAAACACUGGUUUUCCAUCUACCAACUUAUCGAGGGCUACCUGCAGAAGCACAGGACUGAGUCUCCCACAGGAGAGGAGGAGGAGCCCCCCCCUCUGUCCUCCGUGUCCUCCACCCUGCAGGCCUUCAUGGAAGGCUCCACCCUCGGGGAGUUCCACACCCGACUGAACAUGCUGCUGAGCUUCCACUGCCACCUCCUGCUUCAGUCCCAGGACCCUAGUCAAGAGUCUCUGUCCAGCCUCCUUUGGAACCUGCACAAGUACUACAGCCAGUUCUCCGACUCUGUUCAGAGCAAGGUCGUCCAGCUGCGACAGCCAAUUGAGAAAGAGCUGAAGGACUUUGUAAAGAUCUCCAAAUGGAACGAUGUAAGUUUCUGGUCCAUCAAGCAGUCGGUGGAGAAGACCCACCGGACUUUGUUCAAGUUUGUCAAGAAGUUUGAGGAGGCACUGAAUGGCCCGUGUCUCCCAGCUCUGGUGGAGCAUGGACCCAGCUUGGAUAGCGUGGACAUCAACCCGGAUCAGAGCCCACUGCAGCGGGUCCACCAGGCCUUGAAGUCCAAUCUGCCUGGGAAGGAACGGGUUCUGCAGGUGGAAGAUCCCGAAGACGGAGUGGACCCUCUGUCUCUACAAGGACGACUCGCAGCUCUGACCAGGAAGAUGAGGACGAUGUGUGUCACUCUGCAGAAGAAACAUCCAGCCCCGGAGCUGACUGAAGAUCUGGACAACUUCACUGGGGAGGUCAUCAGUCACCUGCGGGACCUCCAGGCUCUGACCAUUGACAUGACUGCAGAGAAAGAGAAGCAGAAAUCAGAGGUCAAGCACAUCCUUCAGCAGAAGCAGAGAGCUCUCUCCGAUCUCUUUAAGAUGCUGUCUAAUAUAGGGCUGUCCUACCGCAAGGGUCUAACUUGGUGCAGAACGGCUCAGCCAGAGAAGACCUUGUGCUUGAAGCCGCUGGAGAUGGCCACUGCUCUGUCUGCAGUCAGGAGCCAGCAGACGGAGAACAUGUUGAUGGCGGAGGUGUUGACAGCAUGGGAUGGAUGUCAGAAGUACUUCUACCGUUCAUGGGCCCGGAGGACCGCCCUGCAGACUGCUCUCCAGCAGGCUGUCAAAGAGCUGGGCCUGGGGAACAUCGAGCGCUGUCGAGGUUUCUCCUCGCACCUGUUCAAGUUGCUCCUGAGACAAAGACAGCGUCUGACCACGCUCACUGAGCAGUGGGUCCAUUUCAGGCAACUAGCCAGCAACGUCCAGGACAUCCAGACUGAGGUCUCCUGCCAGGCCCAGGGCUGCUCACUGCCCCCACAGGACUCGCUUCACAGCUGGUUAGAGCGGGGCCGAGCUCUGGCGGCGCAGUGCUCCACGCUCCUGCAGCAGCUCACCUGGUUCCUGCAGUGCUGUCCCGACACGCUGCCUGACCAGAGGUGCAUGUCUCCCCUGCCUGGCCAGAGACUGCCCCCUUGCGGUCUGAUGAGGAAGGGGGACGCGGCUUGGACCCAGCUGAAUCAGCGCGUGUGCAUCAUGUUGAAGCAGAGCCAGAGCGCGGUGCAAGAGCUGGAUGGAGUUUCUCAACAGACGUCCAAGGGAGUUCUCCACACCAGGAGCAACUUCAGCGCAUGCUGUUCUGCCUUUGACCACAUGACGGCGGUGGCAGCCGAGAUUCUGAGCGUUGAGCGCGUCUUCACUCCGCUCAUCUGUGUGGGUGACGGAGGGAGCCAGCCAGCCAUCACUCAGAGCCUUCAGUUCCUCCGCUCAAAGAUGGAGGCUGACUUCAUGGAAUUCACCGCCUGGAAGACUCAGCUGCUCUCACUGAGUCACGACAACUCAGAUGAGCCGUCCACCUUCUGCUCCGACUUCUCUGCUCAGCUGGAGAGCAACAUCAACGCAGUUCUUUGUGUUGUCCAGACACUAGUGAAGCGUAAAGAGAGAGAGCAGCAGGAGGUCAGAGAGCCUGCAGAAGAGAGAGAGGAGGAGGAGCAGGCGGAGGAUCUGCUGAAGCCUGGUCACCUGACUCUCCUCCUGGAGGAGCAGCUGACCGCUGAGGUGGAAGCGUUGAGUGUCGGAGGUGUCAGCCACCGACUGGAGAAGCUCCUGAAAGACCUCAAGACUUACAGAGACACGUGUGCACCGGAGAAGCUGCAGGAGGUAGACCGGGCUUGCAGGAUGCUGGUGCGGUUGGAGCCUCUGCUGGCCAUCUACUCUGAUCUGGUCCGGUACUACCUGGCUGUGUUGCUGGGAGCUCACAGGAGCACUGGGAAGCUGCUGUCGGUCCUGGCUAGCAUCUUCACUGAGCUCGCUCAGAAGGGCUUCUGCCUGCCUCAGGAGCUGAUGCCCGGAGGAGACGGCGAGGGAGCCACCGAGUUCCACGACUACGAAGGAGGUGGCAUCGGAGAGGGCGAGGGAGCCAAAGACGUCAGCGACAAGAUCGAGAACGAAGACCAGGUGGAGGACAGCUUCCAGGAGGGCCAAGAGAAGGAAGAGCAACAGGAGAAGGGGAACAUCAAAGCUGAGGACAAUGCUAUCGAGAUGUCUGAAGACUUUGAUGGACAAAUGCAUGAUGGAGACGCGAAUGACGAAGAUGAAGACAAGGACUCGGACAAAGAGAACCAGGAGGAGCUGGACAAGAAGAUGGGUGACUUGGGCGAGGGGCAGACCGACACUCUGGAUGAGAGGAUGUGGGGGGACGACGAUGAGGACGAUGAAGAGGAAGAAAGCACAGAGAAGGAGGAAGAGUCAGGUCAAGGCAUGGAUCAGGGAGAGUCACAGUUGGUGGCUAAAGACGACAACCUGGACGCAGCAGAUCCCAGCAAAGACCAGGAGAAAGACGAGCAGAUGGACACAGAGGAGAAGAAGGAGAUCAAUGAACAAGGGGAUGAGAGGGAGUUUGAUGAGAAUGAAGUGGACAGGUACCAUGGUCAGCAGGACAAGAGACCAGAACCAGAGGCUAUGGACCUGCCCGAUGACCUCAACCUGGACCAGGACGGCGAAGGGGGCGACAACGACGAGGACGGGGAGAGAGAAGACGAGAAUCCGUUUGACAUCGAUGAGAAGGUCACACUUCCUGGUGGAGAACAGGAAGAAGGAGAGGGGGAGAAGGAGGAGGAGGGGAUGGAAGAUGGAGCGGACCAAAUGGAGGAGGAGCAGUCUGAGCUACCAGGAGAGGAGAACACUGAGGAGCAGGAGCCUGGGAUGGAGGAGGAGGAGGAGAGAGAAGGAGACAAAAGUGAGGGGGACAAGGAGCCUGCUGAGAAAGAGGAAGCUGAGGAGGAGAGAAGAGGAGAGGAUGGGAAGGAGGUCUCAGCUCCUGAGUCUGGACCCACACCGAAGGAGGAGGAGGAUGAGGAGGAGCUGGAGUCUGCUGAGAGGAAGGAGCAGGAGACGGACGGACAGACGGGAGAGCAGAACGUCCAGAGUGAUACUGCAGUGGAGCUGGCGGGCGAGGCGUCGGAGCAGGACAAGGCCAAGGAGGAGCACGGCAGUGGAGCGGCGGAUGCCAACCAGUCUGAGGGUCACCAGUCUCAGCUGACCGCCCGCAUGUCUGUUCAGUCUGCGCCUCAGAGGCAGACUCAGAGCUUCAAGAGGAAGCCGGGUCGGGCCGAUAAUGAGCGCUCCACUGGGAACUACAACGAGAGGAUCAACAAGCGCCUGAGGACGGUGGAGAGCAGCUCGGACCGGGACCAGGAGCCCAGGCAGAGCGAGGCCCGGCAGGAGUCGGACCUGUACGAGCACAUCAAGCAGGGGGAGAACACAUAUGACGCGCAGACCUACGACGUGGCCAGCGCCCAGCAGCAGACAGCAGCCGGACAUCAGGAGGACCAGGAGGAAGAUGACAAAGACGUCGCCAUGGAAACUGAGGAGCAAGAGGAGCUGCAAGCCUCUGAGGCCCAGGAGCUGAAGCCAGAGCAGCUGGACUCCAACAAGAACUCCCGGAGAGGUCUGGAUGCUGGAGAGAUGGAGGUGCAGCAGCAGCAGGAGGAGGAAGAGGAGGAGCAAGUGAAGGACUCUCAUCUUCUGGAAGAAAAGGUGCGAGCGGAGAGGAGCACUGAGUCCACCAUCCACACGGUUCCUGAGCUGCUGGUGGACGCUGCAACGGAUGUGCGCCGAGACCCGGAGGAGGUGAGGAGGGAGAUGGAACAGCAGCUGGAGUCCUGGCACCGACUCACACCGGGAACUCCGGAGGAGGAGAGCGCCGCGGCAUCCAUGUGGCACCAGUACCAGAGCCUGACCUCGCCUCUGUCCCAGCAGCUGUGCGAGCAGCUUCGCCUCAUCCUGGAGCCCACGCAGGCCUCCAAGCUCAAAGGGGACUACCGCACCGGCAAGCGCCUCAACAUGAGGAAGGUCAUCCCCUACAUCGCCAGUCAGUUUCGCAAAGACAAGAUAUGGCUGAGGAGGACCAAGCCCAGCAAGAGGGACUACCAGAUCUGCCUGGCCGUGGACGACUCGUCCAGCAUGGUGGACAACCACUCCAAGCAGCUGGCGUUCGAGUCCCUGUCGGUGAUCAUCAACGCUCUGACCCUGCUGGAAUCGGGCCAGGUCUCCGUGUGCAGCUUCGGCGAGCAGGUCCAGCUGCUGCAUCCGUUCCAGCAGCAGUUCAACGAUGAGUCCGGCGCUCGGAUCCUCCGUCUGUGUCAGUUCCAGCAAAAGAAGACUCGGAUCGCUCAGUUCCUAGAGACGUCCACUAAAAUGUUUGUGGCAGCUCGACAGCAGAAUUUCGGCGUCACAAACUCAGAAACGGCUCAGCUGCUGCUGGUCAUCUCAGACGGCAGAGGUUUGUUCCUGGAAGGGAAGGAGCGAGUGACGGCAGCGGUGCAAGCGGCACGCAGCGCCAACGUCUUCAUUAUCUUCGUGGUGCUCGACAACCCGAACUCCCGGGAUUCCAUCCUCGACAUCAAGGUGCCGAUCUUCAAAGGUCCGGGCGAGAUGCCGGAGAUCCGCUCCUACAUGGACGAGUUCCCCUUCCCUUUCUACGUCAUCCUGCGUGACGUAAACACGCUGCCCGAGACGCUGAGCGACGCGCUCAGACAGUGGUUUGAACUGGUCACCGCCACCGACCACUGACCGAAGCAAGGGUCAAGACUGUGCUGCUCUCGUGCCUUUUAACUUUUACUGUCAUUUUAAAGGAGAGCUGCGUGUUUCAUAUCGCUGUGAUUCCUCUUUGUAUUGUCAGAUGCGUGUGCAAAUCAUGCUAGUGCCUGGCCCGAGGGAAGGGCCUCCCUGUAGACGUCAUGUGACAGGUCGACUGGAAGUCCAUGACGCAAUAAUGUGACGAAUGAACGCAAAUAAACUGUCGACUUCUCUGACUUUGUGGA